AUAUUUACAUGAUUUUAAAUGUAGUUGUCAAGUUGUCAGUUACAAAGCUAUAGUAAAAUGUUGUUGACAUAUAGGCUAGGACUGGAGUAGGCUAGACACUUCAAACGCUCGCUCACAGAGACCUUGUUGUUCCGGUAGUCAGUAGAAAGUGAAAGUAAAAGUAUCCAUGUAUUACUGUAAGGUGUAACGUUAACCUGCUGCACGAAAACAAUAAAUGAAAUGUAUUUAUAAAGCCCCUUUUACAUCAGCCAGCAAAGACGAUGGAUAAGCACAAUUGAGAUACUGCUGUAACUCUAUCUAUUGGCCAUGGCUUGUUUAGAAACAUAUGGGUUGGUCCUUCUCUAUGACCUAGUGCUGUGGGGGGCACUGUGGACUGGGUUAGUUCUACUGGAGUUCUCCAGUAGUGGAGGACUGGUGGGGUUAUGGGCCUUUGGAGCCCUAAGGUGGGCAUUGCACCACUCAAUCACCCUGGUGCUUUCUGCUAGAAAGCCACAGCCAGUGCUGAGGAGAUGGGUGGCAGUGCUCUGCCUCUUGCCUCCUGUGUUUGAAAGUGGACGUAUGGUCAUGGUGCCGGCAUCGACCGCCGACGACCUGGGUCUGGUGCCUGGCCCAAGCAUGGUGGUCUUGGCCCUGGUAUCCUCCACUGUGGCCUGCCUGGCAUGGGAGCUAGGCUUCCCUGAUGAUGGAGGGAACCAAGGGAAGGAAAAGAAGAAGAAACAGGAGGCCAUGGCACAGUUGAUGAGGGUGGUGCGAUACUGCAAACCAGACGCCCUCUACCUGGCUGCAGCCUUCCUCUUCCUCAGCCUGGCUGUCAUCUGUGAGACAUUUAUCCCUUACUACCAGGGGAAGGUCAUUGAUACGCUGAGUGGUCAGUACCAGCACAACAGCUUCAUGUAUGCCAUUGGGGGCAUGGGACUCGUCUCACUAGGAAGUGCUCUGUGCUCAGGCCUGCGAGGGGGCUUGUUCAUGUGUAGCCUGUCCAGACUCAACAAGAGGAUGAGACACAUGCUGUUCCACAACCUGGUACAACAGGACAUACCCUUCUUUGAGGAGAACAAACCAGGAAGCCUUGUCUCACGCCUCGGCUAUGAUGUGGACAAGAUGGGACGCUCUGUGGCUAUGAACAGUAACGUGCUGGUGCGCAGCCUGGUGAAGACGGCUGGUAUGCUGGUCCUGAUGCUGGGCCUGUCCUGGCAGCUCACCCUGCUCACCAUGGUGGAGAUGCCCCUCCUCACCCUGCUGCAGACCAAAUAUAACACAUACAACCAGGAGUUCAUUAAGCAGCUGCAGGACUGCCAGGCCCAGAUCAAGGAGCUGGCAUCCCAGGCCAUUGGGGCGGUGAGAACGGUUCGCAGCUUCAGAGCUGAGGAGAAGGAGCUAGAUAGGUACAACCAAGCACUGGAGAGGAUGUACAAGGUCCAGGAGCACAAAGGCAUCAUCAGUGCCGUCUACCUUUUACUGAGAAGGAUGGUGACAGUGGGCCUAAAGGUGUCCAUGCUGUUCCUGUGUCGGAGGCUCAUCUCGGCUGGCCAGCUGAGCAUUGGCAGUGUGCUGGCUUUCGUCCUCUUCCAGAAAGACAUGGUGACCAAUAUGAGGCAACUUGUGUAUGUCUUUGGAGACAUGCUGAGCACUGUCGGGGCGGCAGCCAAGGUGUUCACGUUUCUGGACAGAAAGCCAGAUCAGAAAGAAGCAGGAGAGCUGGCUCCUGCAAAGCUUCAGGGGAAACUUGCUUUCCAUCAUGUCAGCUUCUACUAUCCCUCACGCCCAAAUACACCCGCACUGAAGGCUGUGAGUUUGGAACUGCAUCCGGGGAAGAUGACAGCGCUGGUGGGGCCCUCUGGUGGCGGGAAGAGCUCCUGCGUCAGCCUGCUGGCGAGGUUGUAUGAGCCCAAGGAGGGCCAGGUGCUGCUGGAUGGACAGCCCCUGCACUGCUACCAGCACCAGUACCUACAUCAGAAGAUGGCCCUGGUGUCCCAGGAACCAGUGCUCUUCUCUGGAUCUAUCAGACACAACAUAGAGUACGGCCUCGUGGGAUGCACCCUGGAGAAGGUGAAAGAGGCCGCAAAGAGCGCCAACGUCCACGACUUUAUUUGUACGCUGGAACAGGGCUACGACACAGAUGUAGGUGAGUGUGGAGGGCAGCUGUCUUCUGGACAGAAGCAGUGCAUCGCCAUCGCCAGAGCUCUGGUUCGAGAGCCACAGGUCCUAAUUCUGGACGAGGCAACCAGCGGCAUGGACAUCAACACACAGCAUGCGGUGCAGGGCGUCCUGGCAGGCUCAGUGGGCCAGACAGUGUUGGUGGUGGCCCACCGGCUGCGGACUGUGGAGAAGGCUGACCAGAUCAUCUUCAUGGAGGGCGGGGAGGUGGUUGAGCAGGGCACACACCAGGAGCUCAUGGCUAGCAAGGGUCGCUACCGUCGACUCAAAGAGGAACUCUUUGAGGACUGAUUAGGAAUCACACAGCUGUCAGAGAGAGAGACCCACGCAGAAUAAUUCCAUUUAUGAAAAGUGAAAAUGUUGAUUGAACUGCAUACUCUAUCAUGAGGCAUGUUUCCAUUGACCCAGGUUUAUUCAACAAAAGCAAUGCCGCAAAGAAAAAAAUCUUUGUUGGUGUGACGUCAUUACGUCCAGCUGUUUUUAAUCGACACAACUACAUGGAUGUUAAAAAACGACCAACUAAGCAUAUCCAAAAUGUUUAUAGAUUUUUUU